AUGCUCUCUUCGGGCAGGAACCAUGCCAAACCUAAAAGAGCCCCUUCUUUCCCCUCAUUCUCUGUCGUUCAAGUUCAGAGGACACUCGCUCAGUCAACAUCGACAUUAGGCUCUCCAAUCUUCACAAACACUCUCCAUCCCUCUUCGGCAUCGGUGCGACUGAUCGACAUGCGGGAUUUUGUUCAGAAUUCCUUCGUGAAUCCAGGAACCAGGUCCAAUAAAUUAGCCUCAUCAAAACGGUACUCGGGACGCGUCGCCAUUAAUGAUAGCAGAACAUUCUGCUUCUUCGGUGGCUAUCGCCUGGCUGAACGGCAAGGAGGGUGGCUAAUCUAUAUCAUAUUAAUGGCUGGCUCGCGAAGAUGGGUGAAAACCAAACAACAAAAUUCAUGUCAAACCACCAAUACGAACUCGGCGCACAUGCUCAUAUUUCGCUUCGAGUACGGCUUUCAAUAUGGAGGGGGUAUCUCUUGCAUUCUCGCCUGGACGAGAAAGCUGCAUACGGCCCGAUCGCCCAAACUCCCUUUCAACUUCCUGAUUCUUCCGUACGAAGUACUAUAUUCCUACCAAUACAUGCCCUUCUACUGGUUUCCUAGAAUCGAUAGAGAUCGGGUGUACCCAUAUGAUGGCACAUGUUCCUUUGAUACUCAGUCUUCUGUUACGCAUGCUGGAGCGGGGGAUAUUCGCUUUGCCCGGUACACGGGACACUGGUUUAAUGUCAGAUUACCUGGAACUGUGGCGUACCGAACUUAUUCCACCCAACCAUAUCCUGAGAAUAGAUCAUUCCAGCAUGCACUUUCAUUUAUCCACGGUAUCGCAACGAAGAGCCGAAAAUCCUUGCAUAUAACUAGGAUCGAGGCCUUCCAUGGUCUGCUUCAAUUGCAAUCUUAG